GUCAAAAGUUCGUGAUAUAAUCCAACAUCCAACAUCCACCAAUUGCGGUGUCAAUUCCACCGCUAAAAGAAGACACCGGCCGCUCCUAAAUAUCCAUGUCGCCAUAAUAGCAUACUUCUCAAUAUAAGCGCCGCUAAUUAUACAACAAACCGGCCAACACCAUGGCGCCAAUACGACUCUCAGCACCGUCGCCGUGUCGACUCUCCACGAUUACAUCCCACAUAUCAUCCAGCACCUCCUCCCAGCGAAUACCUAGCACAAUAACAGCAACAACAGCAACAGCAUCAGCAAACCGCGCCUUCAGCAGCACCCCUCCAAGCCACCGGCAAAAGCCCUCGCACCUAACCGUGCCCGCGGACCAAGUCCCCGCAUACCCAUACGGCCGAUUCCGGACCUACAAGCAAGCGAACGAGGGCAUAUUCGCCGGCUCCAAGAUCCGCUUCGGCAACGUCGUCGCCCCGGACCACGGCAACAAGUCCCGCACCACCUGGCUUCCGAACCGGCACACCAAGCGCCUGUGGUCGCCGAGCCUAGGGGCCUUCGUGCGCACCCGUUUAACGACCCAGGUCCUUAAGACCGUUGACCGCCUCGGCGGCAUCGACGAGUAUCUCCUCGGCUCCAAGGCGCGGCGCAUCAAGGACCUGGGUCCCGCGGGCUGGGCUCUCCGCUGGAAGAUCAUGCAGACGCCUGCCAUACGCGAGCGUUUCGCCCGCGAGCGCGCCGCUCUCGGUCUGCCGCCUAAGGAGGAAGACGGAGGGGAAACGCUUCCCGGCGAAUUAGUUGCUGACGGCGUUACAUCUGAGGCUGUGUUGAGUGAGGUCGAUGGUAUGCUGGAGCGCGGCGAUGAGUUUGUCAUAGGCGAAGUAAAGGACGGCGAGGACUUGCUUAUCAAAGAAGACGCGGAGGCAAUUGGAGAAGUUAGGGAGGCUAGGGAAGCUGAAGAGACCAUCGAGGAUGUUAAGGACACCACAGAGGAAAAGAGAUCUGUCGGCGACGACGACGACAAGGCACCUAAAGUAUGAUACGACUUGCUUUACUAGCUUCACGAAAUCAAGGGUGUUCAACGGCUCGAGUAUCUCACGGCGCAAAGGUGGAGAGACAAGAUAUAAAAGAUAUGGCAUUGUACCGUGUAGUUAUAUCAAUUUGUAUAAAAUGCAUCAAGAUGCGCAUCUAUAUGUCGCCCAAUACCAUGUAUCAUAUUAUCUUCACUUUUUAGGGUCCCUCCACGCCAUCCAACGCCGAGUCUGAGAGCUUCGUAAAGGUUUUCCAUUCUCGACCAAACCUACAAGAUAACCUUCACCACUUAGAAACGCAAAUCCCAUCCGAUCUGGGGGCCCAGCUUAGGUAGCUCUUCCGCGACGCUCUGUACAUCCUUGUCACCCCUUCCGCUCAGGCAUAUGACCACAUCCUCGUCUUUCUUCAUCGUCUUGGCCAACUCGAUAGCUCCGUAAAUACCGUGGGCUGACUCGAGUGCGGGUAUAAUACCUUCCAGCUGGCUCAUAAGUCUGAAGCCAAUAAACGCUUCGGCGUCGGUAGCGGCGAUGAAUUUGGC